UAUAAGAUUAUAAAAUGCAUUAAUUAUGUUUCUCCAAAUAAAAUAAUAAAAAAUUUAAAAAAACAAGUGUUUGUAAAAGUUAUUUUUGUUUAAUAUCAUUAUAAUGUUCAAUAUAAUAUUAAUAAAAUUAUUUUGUAUAUUAAUAAAAUAAAAUUAUAAUAUAAUAUCAAUAAAGUUAUUUUGUUUAAUAUCAUUCAAUCUUUCAGUGGCCACCCUGUACAAUUAUACUCUCUUCACGCAGAAUCAUAUUUUCCUGAAAGAAAAGCAUCAUUUAUUAUCAACGAAGGAAGCAAAGUUUAAACUCGAACGAAAAACCCAACCGAAAAGCGUGAAGACGAUAGCACCGAAGCGGAAUCAGUCUCGCGGCGUUGAAUCGUCCAACGAGGAAGAUCGAUCGUUUGUCGUUGUCAACGAAAUAAAUAACACCUGCGUCGUCCAGGCGAUGUCGCAACGAUAUCGAUGCGAGUCCUGUGAUGAACAAUUCGACACGGAGCCUGCUCUGUUGGUUCACAGGACCGAGCGGUCGAUCCUUCGAACUCGCGAGGCACUGAGAAACACGGGGAGAAAGUACAGGUGCGACGAGUGUUGCGAGAGUUUCACGAAGAAAGUACAGCUGUACAAACAUCGACGAGGCCGGUGCAAAGGAUCAUCGGCCACGACUGACAAUAAACAGCGGAGACCAAAGGAUAAUAAAGCGAUAGAAACGAAACGGGAGGACCAGCAGGCUGCUGUUUCUGGCGGCCCGAUAGAAUGUAACGUGUGCCACAAGGUUUUCAAGAAGAAGAAAUAUCUGAAUGUUCACAAAACGUUGCACGGGGCACCACACGUUUGUCACGUGUGUGGCGCCAAACUGACCUCCGAAUAUUACCUGAAGAUUCACAUUAGAAGGCACAACAAGGAGUUCACUGAAUUCUGCCAGGUAUGUAACAAAGGAUUUUACUUGAAGGCGACUCUGAAAACGCACAUGAGCGUGCACAGCGACGAUAAACCGUGCACCUGCGACAUUUGUCAUAAAUCGUUCGGCAACAGAGUCUAUCUGAGAAGUCACAUGAAGAUUCACAGUGAGCCGGAGAGCAGGAGAAAGUACAGAUGCGAGAUCUGCGGGUUCGAGACUUUCUACAGUUACUGUUACAAGGAACACUUGUGGACGCACACGGGAGAAAGCCAGGUGGCCUGCGAGGUCUGCGGCAAAUUAAUUAGGAGACAAUACAUGAAGAUCCACAUUAGGAUACAUACUGGCGAGAAGCCGGAGAUCUGCGAAUUUUGCGGCAAGGCAUUCAGCUCAAGAAAGUACCUGAUCAAGCAUCGAAGAACUCACACAGGGGAAAAGCUUUAUAAAUGUAAAAUCUGCGAGAAGCGUUUCACCCAACGUGGCACCCUCAGCGCCCAUUUGCGUCGGCACGAGGCUGGAAUGGAUCGUUGCGAGGAAUGUGACAGAAGUUUCGCGGACGAGGAGAAACUGAGGAAGCACGUGAUCAAGGUGCAUCAGAAGGAGAAACCUUUCCAGUGCGUCCUCUGCAACAAGUGCUUCAAAACGGAGGAGUUCUUGAAGACGCAUCUGAAACAGCACAACAAACGUUUCACGUGCGAUAUCUGCGGGAUCUCGAAGGUGUCCGGCUACGAUCUUCGUUUGCAUAAAAAGAAACACAACGAGGAGUACGUGACGCAUUGUGAGAUCUGCGGCAAAGGCUUCUACACGAACCAAACACUGGAGAGACACUUGCUCACUCAUACUGGCGAGAAGCCAUUCGUUUGCAAGGUGUGCAACACGCCUUACGCGAGCGCCGCUUAUCUGAACACGCACAUGAAGUCUCACGGCGAACGAGAGAAACACAAAUGCAAUAUCUGCAAUUUCGAGAGCUACUGGAAAGCGGCUCUGAAGGUACACCUUAAAAUCCACACGGGCGAGAAUCUGAUUACCUGCGAGAUCUGCGGGAAAUUAGUGUCGAGUAAGGCUUACCUGCAGAUCCAUAUGCGUAUACACUCUGGCGAGAAACCGCAUGUCUGUGAAGUGUGUGGCAAGGCCUUCAGCGUUCGAAAGUAUCUGAUUGUGCACUUGAGAACGCAUACUGGCGAACGACCGUACGAGUGUAAGGUAUGCCAAAAAAGGUUUACGCAGCAGGAGAGCGAGGAGAAGCAUCCUGAUUUCUUGGCGCAGACGUUCUAUCAGUGUGAAAUGUGUAGAAAGCUUUUCAGGACGAAGAAUUUGUACGAAGACCACCGAGUGUCUCACAGCGACGCUCGACCCUAUCAGUGCGACAUCUGUGAGAAAUCCUUCAAGAGGACGAAUACGCUGGCCGUCCACAAAAGGAUCCACACUCGGGAGAGGAACUUUGUGUGCGACGUGUGCGGAUACGCGUUCGUCCAAGCUUUCCAGCUGACCACCCAUCAGAGACGCCACUUCGACAAGUACACGAGAUACUGCGAGGUCUGCAAGAAGGGAUUCUUCACGAACGCGGAGCUACACGGUCACAUGAACGUGAAGCACGGCGCGAAGGAGCACGUUUGCCACUCGUGCAACAAAUCCUUCCCAAACAAUCGCACUCUGGUGAAGCAUCUGAAGAUGCACGACCCGAACUUCAACCCUGUAAAGCACCAGUGUGAAUUCUGCGGCAAGACGUUCGUCUACAAGAACUCGUUGGUGUUCCACGUGAAGUCCCACAUGGGCGAGAACAAGUACGAUUGCCACCUUUGUGGUAAAUCUGUGUCUUCCAAAGGAUCCCUUCAGGAUCAUCUUCGUCUACACAGCGGGGAGAAGCUGUUGAUCUGCGACGUGUGCGGCAAAGCUUUCCGCAAGAGGAGCACCCUAGUCGUUCACAAGAGAACCCACACCGGCGAGAAACCGUACACUUGCGACGUGUGUGGCAAAUCGUUCACGCAACACUCGACGUUGGUUAUUCACAAACGUUAUCACACGGGGCAGAGGCCGUACCAGUGCGAGGUCUGCAGCAAAUCGUUCGUUUCCCGGUCGUCGUUGAACGCGCACAACAAAGUGCACGCGGCGAACGUCCCGGACGAGGAAGAGGAUCUACCGUUGGCUUACCACUGUAAACUGUGCGGUGUGUUUUUCGCUUCGCAGGCACUGCUGGACAAUCACGAGAUCGAGCACAAGGGUAAACGUAAGAACACUUGCACCCAGUGCGGCCGGGUGUUCAGAACAUACGUGAAUCUGCGAAAGCACAUGAAGAAGAAGCACCCGGGUCGCAAGGGAGGGCGUAAAGCAGGCGGUGCGCCGACGAUGGCGAGCAGUCGUUCCAGUAGUACUCUGAAGGUAAAGAAAGAGAAGCCGGAGCUGGAGUUCCUCUGUAAAACGUGCAACAAGGUGUUCCGGCACAAGAGCAACUACCAGAAACAUCUGAUGCGGCACACUGUCGGCGACUUGACGUGCAAACACUGCCCGAAGAAGUUCCGCCUGUUCCGCGAUCUCACCAGGCACGAGAAGACUCACUUCUAUCCCAGUUACAUGUGCAAAGAGUGCGACUACGAGACUACCGUGUUGGCCGCGCUCAGCAUUCACAUGCUGCGACACACGGACAAGGCGGAUCUCCCGUUCAAGUGCAACGACUGCGACAAGCGUUUCCGCAAGGCGAUCGACCUGCAGGAGCACUACAACAUACACUCCGGGGACAAGCCUUUCGUUUGCCAGUUAUGCGGCAGUGCUUUCUACCUGAGGCGGCAACUCUCCGCUCACUGCAGACGCAUGCAUCCUGAAAUGAAGGCCAACAAAGUGACAAGCACGGCCUGCGACAUUUGUGGCCGGGUGUUGGCUACGAAGAGGUCCCUGUUCCGCCACAAGGAGAGCCACAAUCCUACGAAGCUCUAUCUGUGCGAUUACUGCGGCAAGAGUCUCAGCAGCGCGGAACACUUGAAGAAACACAGACGGAUCCAUACCGGCGAGAAACCGUACGUCUGCGACAUCUGUGGCAAGGGUUUCACCGACUCUGAGAAUCUGAGGAUGCACAGGAGAGUGCACACCGGUGAGAAACCGUACAAGUGCGACCAAUGUCCGAAAGCAUUCUCGCAGAGGUCCACGCUGACUAUACACAGGCGAGGUCACACGGGAGAACGUCCGUACAUCUGCCAGAUCUGCAACCGUGGCUUCUCGUGCCAGGGCAAUCUAACAUCUCACCAGAAGUCGACCUGCGUU